GUUUUUCUUUUUUUCUUCAUUACCUACUUCCACUGCCAAUGCAUAUAUUACGCUUCUGAUUUAAAUUUUUAGUUUUUUCUUUUCUGGGUAUGGCUCAAAAUUACAGAAACAUGGUUUCGUCGAAGUUUCAUUGCAAGUUUGCUUAACAGGAAAUUAGGAAUAGCUAUCAAAUUAUCAUGGGAAGCAAGCAGUCAAGGCAUAGCCAUAGAGGCCAUGGCUAUCAGCAUGAUUCAUACGGAUAUGGGGCUUCAUCACUCCCAAGUUCUUCACCAUACAGAUAUGGGGAUUCGUCACUCCCAAGUUCUUCACCAUACCUAACUAAAUCUUCAAUCGGUACUGAUUAUGAUGGAAGAAAUAAACUGAAGUCGAAGUACUCAAGAAUUGGUGAUGAUUACCAUUCUCUUGAACAGGUGACACAAGCUCUUGCACAUGCUGGUUUGGAAUCAUCCAAUCUUAUUGUGGGUAUUGAUUUCACAAAAAGCAAUGAGUGGACUGGUUCACGGUCUUUCCACAGAAAGAGUCUGCACCACCUCGGGGAUGGUUUGAACCCAUAUGAACAAGCAAUAUCAAUAAUUGGAAGAACUCUAUCCCAAUUUGAUGAGGAUAAUCUGAUUCCUUGUUAUGGUUUUGGUGAUGCUUCUACUCAUGAUCAAGAAGUUUUUAGCUUUAAUCCAGAAGAGAGGCCAUGUAAUGGCUUUGAGGAAGUUUUGAGCCGUUAUAGAGAAAUAGUUCCUCAUGUUCACCUAGCUGGACCAACAUCUUUUGCUCCAAUAAUUGAAACUGCAAUUGGAAUUGUGGACAAUAGCGGUGGCCUGUAUCAUGUUCUUGUCAUCAUAGCUGAUGGACAGGUUACAAGAAGUGUAGAUACAGGUCAUGGACAGUUGAGUCCUCAAGAGAAUAGUACCAUUAAUGCUAUUGUAAAAGCAAGUGAAUAUCCUCUAUCAAUUGUACUGGUUGGAGUUGGUGAUGGACCAUGGGAUAUGAUGCAUAAAUUUGACGACAACAUUCCUUCUCGGGCUUACGAUAAUUUCCAGUUUGUGAAUUUCACAGAGAUUAUGUCGAAAUGGACCUCCACGUCUAAGAACGAGACAGAGUUUGCUCUAUCAGCAUUAAUGGAAAUACCAUCACAAUACAAAGCUACGAUAGGGCUCCACUUGUUAGGCUGCCAAAAGGGUAUUCCGAAGAGGUAUCCUCUCCCUCCUCCGCUUGGAAACCACUUGGCAAUUUCCUACCCGACGCAUAUCAGGCUGAGCAGGAAUGAACAGAGAGCUGGAUCUCAUCAUGAUGCUUCUCACAUCUUUGUGGAUCAUUCUUUACAGAAUAGGAACUGUCCUGUAUGUUUCUGGAGUAAAAAAGAUCUUGCAUUUGGAUGUGGUCAUCAGACAUGUUAUGAUUGUGGAAAGGACAUGUUCUUGUGCCCCAUUUGCCAAACCAACAUAAUUACUAGGAUAAGACUCUACGAGUAAUUUAUCAGAUAAAGCACCACUGGUUUGCAAAAUUUGAAAUUAUGAAGCAUCGCUGUUGGAUUGUCCACUGUAAAAUGCACUUCUCCUCUUUGAGAUUCUGUGUACAUAUAUCUCUGUAAUUAACCAUCUUUAAGUUAGUGUCAAAGAAUCCGAAUGGUUCUAUUUGAUUUUGAUUCCUGUUAUCAAUUUUCAUUUAUAUGAUUAGAAAUUUUCUGGUUUGAA